UUGAAGUUGAACAUGAUUUGUAACCUUCAUUCAAACGGUAGAAGUUUUAGAGCUCAGUGCUCACCGUGUCCUAGAAACAAAUCCAAGGCAAUUAGAAUAGUAUAGAAGAAGGCCAAAUCUAACCCUUGGGCCCUGGCAGUUGGCAUCCUUCUUAGGCGCUGUGAACUGUGAAGAAAACCCAAGGGACGAACCAUGGAAGGAACGAAAGCCAAUAAGCAAGUAGAAGUAGUGCAGGUGGAAGAAGACACCAAAACAGAAAAAAUGGAUUCCCCGACCAAUUCCCAGCAAACCAUUUCUGACGAUGAUGAAAUAGACUAUUCCAUCAAACCAGAAUUCUAUGACCCAGACCUUGAUGAUAAAGAUGAAUUAUGGGUUCAGAAUAAAAGGAAAGGCCGUAUUUCUGAUGCUGUGCUUAGCUGUCCUGCUUGUUUUACCACCCUCUGCCUUGAGUGUCAGAGGCAUGAAAAAUAUGUGACCCAAUACAGGGCAAUUUUUGUUGUUAACUGCAAGAUUGAAAAUGACCAAGUCAGACAAGAAAAGGUAAAACCAAAAAAAGGCAAGAGAAGAAGAGAAUGUAGUGAGAAUGAAGCAGUUGAUGCUGGUGGAGAAACAUUCAAGCCAGUCUGCUGUUCUGUCUGCUCAACAGAGGUUGGUGUAAUUGAUGAAGAUGAGGUUUAUCACUUUUUCAAUGUUCUUCCAAGCGAGUGUUGACCUGCCCAUUCUUUGUUGCUGAGACUACCGAAUAGUUCACAGAUAGUUCAAUUUUAGUGCUAGACUAGGAGAUAUGACCUGAAACUCACUGUACUAACAUUAUUUUGCCUGCUUCCUUUCUCUCUCGGUCCAUGCAAGGAAGAUGAAGAGAAUUGUUUUGGGUUAUGAAUGGUGAAACGUAAUGCUGUUUCAAUUGGACAUGGGAAGCUCUCUCUCUCUCUCUCUCUCUCUCUCUCUCUCAGUCCAAAACAUUGACGAGUAUGCUUCUUAAUAUUUGAAUACCAAGUUAUUUGUAUGUGAAACUUAAAUCACUUUGUCCCCGGCCGAAUACUAACAUAGUAGAGUUGCUUUCCA